AUGGGAACGAAAGUUAGCUCUAUAUUUGGGGAUGAAUCAAAGAGUGAGAAAGCAAAAGGUUUGGUUACUCGUGACUUGCUUGGUGGGUCAUCCUCCAUGGAAACCCAAGAAUUGGACCUUGACUUGCACGUACCCUCUGGCUGGGAAAAGCGCUUGGACCUUAAGUCAGGGAAAGUGUAUAUUCAAAGGCACAACUCAUUAGGAUCACCAUCAAUGUCUGAACACAAAAUUGAUAUGAAUGAAGCAAGUCCAAAACUUGAAGACCUAAACUUACCUCCUCCUUCAUCCAAAGUGGGAAUGAACCAGUUUGAUGAAACAAGCUUGGACUUGAAGUUGGUUCCUUCUUUGCCAUCAGGUAAUUAUCAAAGUGUGUGCACCCUUGACAAGGUGAAAUCAGCACUUGAAAGAGCAGAGAAAGAGCCAAUGAUGAUGAAGAAAGCAUCACUAUUGAAACCAUCAAAUUUGUCAUUUUCCUCUUUAGCUUCUUCAAUUAGAGAUACCCAAGAAGAAGAAAGUGAAGGGAAGCUGUUGUCUUCACCAAUGGCUGCAGGGUGCCCUGGCUGCUUAUCAUAUGUAUUGAUAACAAAGAACAAUCCCAAAUGUCCAAGGUGUAAAUCUGUUGUUCCUUUUCCAUUGAUAAAGAAACCUAGGAUUGAUCUCAAUAUAUCAAUUUGA